AUGGACAGUUUGUUAAAUGUGGGAAGUGAACCUCGCUUUGACCACGGCAGGUCUUUGCCUUCCCGAUUCUCCCACCAGCAUGGCAGUGUUGAACUAGUAAUUGUUAGUGUGGCAGCAUCUACAGGGCAAUUGCCAGCACUGGAAAACAUCUCUCAGCACAUACUGAGUGCAACAUUAAAGGCAAAUAUUAGGAUGGGUGAACAAGGACUAGGUCUUAUAAUCAUUCAGAAUGGGCCGUAUCUCCAGAUAACAAGUCUUGUUGAGAAAAGCUCUGCAGCUCACAAUGGAAAGCUAAAACCAGGUGACAUUCUAAUAAAAAUUGGACAUGCUAAUGUAUUAGGAUGGACUCUGCGAGAGCUGAGGCAACUCUUGCACAAUAUUCCAGUAGGAACUAGUCUACAGAUCAGGGUUUACAGAGAUUUUCUUGAAGUACCUCAACAUUGGCAAAAUGUGUCUGACUUAAUACCUGAAGUAAAGCUUCCUACGACAGCAGACACAUCAGGUGAAGACACGGAAGACAAAGAUGACAGUGGGACUAGUAGCGAUGAUGAUGUAGACUUGGAAACUUUUCAAUAUAAAUCUUCCCAAUCAUCAUGUUGUGAAUUCACCCAUAUGGGUGGUAAUUUACCACCCCUAUCCAAGAUUUGGCACACAUCUGAUACAAGCCACACACUUACAGUAGGCAAAGACAUUGGAUGUGACAUUAUACUUCAUAAUGACACUGAUGCAUUGGGCAAUUCUGAAUUCAAUACUGCUGGCAUUAGAUCUACUUCUUACUGGACUGUGGAAAAGAAUGAGACCAGUUCCUCUUCCUCCUUCUCUUCCAUAUCGGAUGCAUUAUGGCUGGAAGAAUUUGGCUUUCCUUUGGAAUAG